AUGCUAUCAAGAUUUAAAGUCACCAUUUUUGCAAACUUAACUAUCCAACAUCAAAGGAUUCAACCUAACCCUUGUCGUAGUGUGGGUGAUGCCCUUGAGGGGUGGAAAGACAGAGUCAAAGUCUCCCUUGAUCUCCAGGAGAGUGAAGCUCCAGAUGAUUUGGCUGCUGAAAAUGCAAAUGAAUAUUCAUAUACUGCUGAAUUUGAAAAGGGAACAGCUCAAGCACUUGGGCCAGCAACAGCUGAUCAAGUAGACAAAAAUGUACAAUUAGGGAUGGGGUGGGGUGGGGUGGGGGGCGGGGAGGGGGCAGGUGUUUCUCCAAAAUGGGUAUGGGUUUUUGGAGAAGACAAUUGGGGUGGGUCCAUGAACUUUGUUGAUGAUAAUCAAUUUGUUCAUCAAAAAAACAAAUAUAAUAUCAUUAACAAAAUCAUGAUCAUUGCCUUAAUUUCAAUAUGUAUAGUUGUUUUUCUCGUUACUAUUCUUCGUAUGUACAUCAGACGUCGCCAGGCUCAAGGCCGGGCGACACUCUACACUACUAGAAAUACUCGAAUUUCCGACUUGACAAGUGUAUCGUGGGUUGAUCCACCCAAAAAUGGUCUUGACCCGACCAUCAUAACUUCACUACCAUUAUUUCUUUAUAAGAGAAAUGAUCAUCAUGAUGAUAUUAUUGAGUGUUCAAUUUGUUUGAGUAUUAUUGAAGAUGGUGAAUUGGUUAGGGUUUUGCCUAAUUGUAAGCACAAUUUUCAUGUUGAGUGUAUUGACAAAUGGUUCAAUUAUCACUCAACGUGCCCCGUAUGUCGCACCGAGGCGGAACUGCGACUAUUGCCCGAGCCUAGAGAGGGGGUUGUUAGUCCUAUGCCACCUUGA